AUGGCUUCUGAUAAUCUCACCGACAAAAAUCUCGUUUUCAGAAAACUGAAAUCGAAAUCUGAGAACAAGGUUUGCUUUGAUUGUAGUGCGAAGAAUCCGACUUGGGCUUCAGUUACUUAUGGGAUUUUCCUCUGCAUUGAUUGUUCAGCUACUCAUCGAAGUCUCGGUGUUCAUAUCAGCUUCGUCAGGUCAACGAAUUUGGAUUCAUGGAGUACUGAGCAGCUCAGGACGAUGAUGUUUGGUGGAAACAACCGUGCUCAGGUGUUCUUUAAGCAGCAUGGAUGGACUGACGGUGGGAAAAUCGAGGCUAAGUAUACUUCGAGAGCUGCUGAUUUGUAUAGGCAGCUUCUUGCUAAGGAAGUUGCUAAAGCUAUUGCGGAAGAAACUACUACUGGUUUACCGGUAUCUCCCGUUGCUGCUUCUGAAGCGUCUAAUGGGGUUUCUUCUUAUGCUGUUAAGGAAGAGUUACCUCCUAAAGAGACAGCUUCUGUGAAACAUGAAGCUACCAGUGCAACUUCUUCGCCUAAAGCUUCUAAUACAGUUGUGCCUAGUACGUUUAAGAAACCUCUCGGUGGUAAAAAGACUGGAAAAACUGGUGGUCUCGGUGCACGGAAGCUUACUACCAAGACAAAGGAUAAUCUCUAUGAGCAGAAACCGGAAGAAGUUGCACCGGUUAUUCCUGCUGUAUCUUCAACUAAUAAUGGUGGGAGCAAAUCAUCAGCUGGUUCAUCUUAUCCCUCUCGGUUUGAGUACAAUGACGACUUUCAAUCUGGUGGACAAAGCAGUGGUGGUACACAAGUGCUUAGCCAUGUUGCUCCACCAAAGUCGUCAAGCUUCUUUGCGGAUUUCGGAAUGGACAAUUCUUUCCCCAAGAAAUCAAGCUCCAACUCGUCAAAAGCUCAAGUUGAAGAAUCGGAUGAAGCAAGAAAGAAGUUCACAAACGCAAAGUCCAUUUCUUCUGCUCAGUACUUCGGGGAUCAGAACAAAAACGCCGAUCUUGAAUCAAAAGCUACUCUUCAGAAGUUUUCAGGCUCAGCAUCUAUAUCAAGCGCUGAUUUUUUCGGUCACGACCAAGAUGAUUCCAAUAUCGAUAUAACUGCUAGUGACCUCAUUAAUCGACUUUCUUUCCAGGCACAACAAGAUCUAUCGUCGAUAGUGAACAUAGCAGGCGAAACGAAGAAGAAGCUUGGAACUUUGGCUUCUGGUAUCUUCAGUGAUCUUCAAGACAGAAUGCUGUAA